CGAUGAUUACAGGUUUUUGUUUUAAAUUAUUCGAAAUAUUUGCGUUAUUUGGUUGAACGAAAAAGUGAUGAGAAUAAUUUUUGGAUAUAAAAAAUGUGUAUAUUACCAAGUAUAUUUAUCUGCCAUUUUCUUUUAUCAAUAGCUUGUGGAUAUGUGAUUGAACAAGGACCCACUGAUUUAAUACUCAAUUGGAAUAAUUCAACAAGAGAUAAAUAUGUUGUAGACUUGAAAGAAAACAAUCAUAUCGAUGGAUCUGAUUAUCUGUUACUUUUUACCAUUAAAGAAGUUUCCGCCGAGCCACAAUUUCGACCAGGUCCAGCAUCAUUCCAAUACGAAAUGGUACCAAAAGGAAACUCAACAUAUGAGUUUUACAUUACACAGUUCAUGGACUACGAAACUGAAACUUCGCACACUUACUUAUUGACUAGCGUCGUUGAUGGAACACAAGCCGUUACAAUCACGAUACAUAUUAUCAAUUACGACGAUGAGAAUCCUACUUUGACUGCGCCAAUGUGUACAAUGGAGGAAAACACUGAUUAUUCGGAUGCAAACACUGAAUGUACAGCAACAUUGUCAGAUCCCGAUGGUUGGUUGAGCCAAACCACAUUUACUAUUAUCAAUAGUAAUCCUAGUGCGGAAAAGCCACUUGAAAGAGAAGAUGAAAUAUUUGAAUUCAACUUCAAUCAAAGCAUUAGCGACACAACUUAUAGUACAACUGUUUAUUUGACUACAACUAUGCAACUGGAUUAUGAAACUAAAAUAUUUUAUUCGUUUGUGGUGCAAGCAAAGGAUGGUGCUCUACAUCCAACGGUACCUAAGGAAGAUGUUACAUGUAUUGUUAACGUUAAAGACUUGAAUGAUAUGCCGCCUCAGUGGACUGAUUAUUUUACUACUGGAGAAAUUGACGAAGAGGUCUCUUAUAGGUACGAAAUGACAGCUGUAGAUGGCGAUAAAGGAAUCAACGCAAACAUCACUUACCAUUUAGUAUCUUACGAUGAAGGUAUAUGUACGGAUUCCUGCAUUACCAUUACCACAGAAAACAAAAAGGCAAUCAUAAAAGUGAAUCCGAUCGACAGAGAUGCAAAAGACAUAUCAACGUAUAAAUUUAAAGUGAUGGCAAUUGAAGAUGACGAGCCUCCUUAUAAUGACAAUAUCACCAUAACGUUUUUCGUUAAUGAUAUUGAUGAUAAUAGUCCAUUGAUGAUAAAUGUUUCAUCCAUCAAUGAGACUACAAUUGAUUUAGUUGAUGAAGAUCCAAAAAUUGUAGAUUUUACUUUUUACGAAAAUUUCGCUGGAACUAUUAACGGCCAUAUUUUUAUUCAAGAUAUUGAUACAGGUGAAAAUGCUCAAUUUACAGUAGCUUUAGUUGAAGACGAGUCACAAGAACGGAAAGCAAAUUAUACUGACGCAUUUUUGAUUGUUCCAACUGCAGGUUAUCGUAAAGGAGAGUUUCAAAUAACCGUUAAAAAUGCCAAAUAUCUUGACUAUGAAGACGAAAUUUGGAGAGACUUUACAUUUUAUGUGCAAUCAACAGGCAACAAAAAUCAGACCAAACAAGAUAAUUUACUAGUACAAAUUGAUUUGGUCGAUUACAACGACGAAUUGCCAAUUUUUAAGAAUCCUAGUUACACUGCAUCUGUUAACGAGACAAUUAAAAAAGGCACCCAAAUUAUUGUGGUUCAAGCUACAGACAGAGAUGCUGAAGAUAAAAUACUAAAACAUCAAUUGAUUGGUUCCAACACUAUAACAAGCCUAUUGAACAUCGAAUCGGCAACAGGCGAAAUAUCUGUAGCAGUCGAAGACGCAUUCGACUACGACCGAAUAAAUCCUGUAAUUUUUCAAGUGCAAGCGAUCGAUUUGGUUAAUCACACAACUACAGUUUCGGUCACAAUCAAUCUACUCGAUGUCAACAACAAAGCUCCGACUUAUAAAGUGGCCGAAGUGAUACGUGUGGAUGAGAAUCAAGUAAUUGAUAUAAAGCUGAAUGCAACGAUAACAGCUUCAGAUGUGGAUACUACCAGGGAUUUAGUGGCCGAAAUCAAUUGGGAUAAAUCGUACGCUAUGAAGAACUCGAUUAAAUUGGAUUUAACCAAACCCCCACUCAAACAAGCAGUAGAAUUUUUAAAGUUGGAUUACGAUAAAAUUAGCGAAGAUACUAUUGAAAUAACGCUUCUGGUGAAUGAUAACAACGACGCAGAAACUGCACCAGACUAUGAAACUUUCGAUACGCUAUAUUUGGAUUUGAAUAUAACGGAUUUGAAUACUGAAGUGCCUGAGUUUGAGAAGCAAAAGAGUAUCGAUGCAUUAAUCGUAGUCUACAUAAAUGACAUUAACGACAACGCACCAAUAUUCACCAACGAAACGAUUGCCAAAAAACGCUCAGUCUUGGAAAAAUUGACCAAAGGCACCAUCGUCGGUACCAUCGAGGCUGUAGACUUGGAUGUUGGUAGCGUUGUUGAAUACGCUUGCAACCUGAAUAAAACUUUCGAUUGGUUUGAGUGCGAUAAAUUCGGGCAAAUAACCACUAAAACCUCAGCAAUCGAUGCUGAUAUUGGAGUUUUUUACGUGGAUCUUAAUUGUACUGCUACGGACGGUUACUGGAUAACUUGGCAUGUUUUUAGUAUCGAUAUUCUCGACACAAACGACCAAUGGCCUCAAAUUGAUGUGAACGCAACUUCGCCAAGUGCCGAGACGGUAAAAGUGGAUGAAAAAAGUGAAACUGGAACUCUAGUCACAACCAUAAGGUAUCGAGAUGCUGAUCGAGAUAAACCAUUCCAUACAGUCAAUUGUACCAUCAACGAAACCGAAGAGUGUUUCGGAUUUUUCGAAAUCAAAAUAAACGAGUUGUACGUUCUGAAUGGCGGCGAUAAUUUGGACAGAGAUACAAAAAAACCUAAUUAUACUUGCACGCCUACAUGCUACGACAAUCGAUUGAAAGAACAAGAUCAGGGACAGAAUUUCAAUACCACCACUUCGUUUCUAAUAAUACUUAAGGACAUUAACGAUCAUUGGCCUGAACUGAUUACAAAAAGUGUUAGUGCUAGUGAAAAUUUGAAGCAGGAUGAUUUAAUAGAUAAAAUCAUUGCUGAAGACUUAGACGAAGGUAAAAACUCUGAAAUUGAUAUGACAAUAUUGAGCGUAGAAAAAUUAGAUGAUAAAACCGAAAAAGACUAUUCAAAUCUAUUUCGUUUGUAUAAAAACGAAAGCGACUACUAUACGGAUAUAAGUACCAUAAAACAAUGGUACUUGUUGGCUAAUGUCGAUUUACGUGACAAUUAUGGCGAAUAUUCUAUAAAAUUAAAUCUAAGUGAUCAAGGUGAUCCUAUAAACUCAACCACAACUCUCCUUCCAGUCCAAAUACAAAAAUUCAAUUAUUACCCGCCAGUUUUUGUUUUUCCAAACGCUUCAAAACUUACAUUUUCUUUAAGUUCGGAUCAAGAACCCAAUAAACAACUAAUAAUGUAUUACAACAACGAAAUAUUCGAAGAUAUUAAAAUAACCGAUUCAGCUGAUGAACAAUGUAUCGAUAAAUGGACCCCAACUUUUGAUAUAGCUCUUAUGAAUGCCUCAAAAACUAUAACCAACUUUUUUGUACUUAAUAAAUCUGCUAAAAAUUGUACCACGCAAUUACAAGUAAACAAUUUAUACGAUCAAGCUGAAGCUAUCGAUAACAUAUAUCAGCUUCGCUUAACAGCAACUUUAGCCCAAGAUGUAAUAAAACAAGAAAAUGAAGCUAGCUACGUUGAAUCGAUCGAUAUUAAAUUGAAUUUCGUCGAUGUCAAUGACGAGCCUGAAUUUAAUCAGACACUUGGAGCCUGGAAUAUAAACUUUCUUGAAGCAACCGAUGAUGAUCCAAAACAAUUACCAACAAAUAGACAAGCAUUUUAUCCAAAUGUUGAUGACAGUGAUAGAAUACCAAAGCAUUACUUUUUAAAAUCACAAAACGACAGUGUUACUGAAGCAUUUGAAAUCGAUGAAAGUACAGGAAAUGUUUCCUUAAAACAACAAUUGGAUUAUUUGAAAGCCUCCAGUUACGAUUUCAAAAUGCGCGUUGCCAGAAAUUCGAGUGGAGUAUCCAGUAAAGAUGCUUCAAGCUUAGAAGUUAUAGUAACUGUGAUCGACAUCAACAAUCACGCCCCUGAAUUUGUUCAAGACUCAUUUUUCGGGGCUAUUUUGCAAAAUACUCAAAACGGAGCAACGAUUGUUACGCUUAAUGCGACGGAUUUGGAUGAAAUUGACAAAGACGAUCUCAAGUAUAGUAUCAACAGUGAUAUAGUUGCUUACGGGAAUAGUAUUGAAAAUGCCUUUUUGCUGAAUGAGGAUACUGGAGCGAUAACUUUGAAUUUUCAAGUCGACUAUAAUAUUAAUGGGUAUUUUGUGUUUUCGGUUAAAGUGCAGGAUCAACAAGAUCAAUAUGGAAAUGGUCCAUUCGAAGACACAUCCUCUGUAACCAUCUACAUUGUCACCGAAGAAUACAUUCUAGGAUUCAAAUUCGAAAAUACCUUGGACCAAGUUGUCGGCAAAAAAUUACCAAUUCUUAAAUCCAUCAGCGAUUCUCUUGGUUGGGAUUGUCACGAGCAAAGCAUCGACAAAGACAGUCAAAGCGGUUACACUUACGACAACGUAACCAAAGCGAACAUCUAUUGUGUCGAUGGUGAUACUCUGGUUACGUCAGCGAAAAUGAAAGAGAAAUUGAAUAACAUCAACACGUUUCAACUGCUUAAAAAAGCUUUGCUUGAGUCUGGCAUUUUGCUUCAAAAUUUCAACACCGACACUGCAACAGAAGGAAACUUGGAGUCCACUUUGAAAACAGCUUUAAUAUCAGUUUCCCUUGUACUUGGAACCUUGACCUUAGUUUUGAGUGUUACAUUUUUCCUUAAAGCUAGAGAGUUGAAACGAAGACUCAACAAGUUGACACGUCAAGAAUUUGGUUCGGACGAUUCUAAUAUGAACAGAAAAGGUGUUAACGCACCUACAACUAAUAUGUUCACCAUUGAAGGUUCAAAUCCUAUUUUCAAUCAUGAUACUGAUGAUUUUAUUAAGGCUGAUAUUUUGAGUAUUCAUAGUGGUCACUCGGAUUUAAGUGGACUGGAAGAUAAUCCUGAAUUUGAUUUGCACGAUACCGAAAAAUAUUAAUUUGAUUUAAGUUGUAUGGUUUUAAUGAUUUAUUUUUAAAUAAAAUGAGUGUAGUAGAUUUUAUUUUU